ACUUGCUGUGCUUGGCCCUUCAUAAACACCCACAAUCAUGCACUUUACGGUCUGAACAGGAACACAAACAUACUGUUUAAUGUUGGAAUAUCGCUCUAUCUUUCAACAGACAUUAAAUUGAAAUAUUUUGAAUUUCAGGAUUAUUGAAGUAUUUCCAGCGUUCCGGUGCCGGCGAUGCGACUCACGUGGCUGCUCGUUAUGACGCUGGUCGUCACGGCUGCUCUCGCAAAGGACAAGUCAAAGAAACGUGAACGUAACCGUAAUAACCGACGGGCUAAGACCCGUAACAAUGACGUGCUCGAGGCACGGGAGGUGGACCUGGAUGCCGCCGACGACGAGGAGUAUGGGACAGUGGACGUACGCAAGGACGAAGAAACCCCUGAGGGCAUUAACAACCCGUGUAACCUGCACAAGUGUAAGCGCGGGGAGGUGUGUCAGUUAGAGGAACGUAAGCCAGUCUGUGUCUGCCAGACGUGUGAUGAGCCGGAGGAAAACGAGGCCCAGGUGUGCAGCCGGAGAAACGUGACGUACGUGACUGAGUGCCACCUGGACCGUGACCACUGCCUCUGCCGGAAUACGCUCCCUGGUUGCCAUGACGAUGCAGCCCCACACGUCCGCCUGGACUACUUUAGCGCAUGCAAAGAGUUGACGGAGUGCCCCGACCAGGAGUUCGAAACGUUCCCAGGGCGCAUGCGUGACUGGCUUUUCCGCGUCAUGACCACACUUGCGUAUCGACAUGAGCUGGAUGACUACCAGGAGCUGGUGGAGAAUGCUAUGCACGACAAGACACACGCGGAUGCCGUCCUCUGGAAGUUCUGCGACCUUGACACCGACCCAGAGGACAGGAAGGUGACUCGUCGGGAGCUGAUGUACAUUAUCGCGUCCAUCAAGCCCAUGGAGCACUGCCUGGUGCCCUUCCUCAACAGCUGCGACGCCGACGAUGACAACAUUAUCACACUCGUCGAGUGGGGAGAGUGCCUCGGAAUUGGACACGAGGCGAUCGCUGACAAGUGUCAACACAAGAUGAAGGGCUAGGUGAGGGUGGCCGAACUUUGUGCUGUAGAGUAGAUGAACUCUCCUGUAUUAGGCGUGGUAUUUUGAUGUUAUUCUUGGAUUGUCUUUCUAUCUCCUGCUGAGGAGUCUAUAUUGCUGAAAUGAGUGUGUCUGAGAAGGAAGUCAAGGCACAGCCUGGUGUGGGUGAACAGUCUGUUUUUUCAUUAUUCUUUGUCUAUGCAAAAUGAUGAAGUACACAUACAAGUGUUAAAGACUAUGCCCUCUAGGGAAUCUGCUGUAUUCGUUUCAUUGUUCAUUUCAUGCUUACAUAUUACUAUUCUAUAUAGUUGAUUUUUUUCUUAUAUAAUCUGAAUGUCAAUCUUAUUUCAAUAUUUUGUAGAAUGAGAAAGUAAUGUCUUGUUAACAUCAUUGCCUGCUAUUUACAUCAUAUUCAUGUUAAUUGAAACUGUUUGAAAAGGAUUAGCAUGGUUGACAUAUAAUCUAACAAAUGAAUAUAUUGUGGCUUAUAAUAAACAAGAAAAUAGUUA